ACACACACACACAGAGGAACUGUCAUUUUUCUACGCGUCUUCUGACAUCAGUCACCUUCUCUCUAGCUACAGCUUCUCUGCAUUCAAAAUAAUCCCAGACGAUGAAAAAUGAACCUCUCCCCCACCCUUGCUGCUGCUGCCUUUUGCCUCACGCCCCCAGAGAAGAGUUUCUCCGCCAGACAGCCGGUGAAGAGUUUUUUCCAAGUCACAUGAUCCAGGAUGAAGGGGGAAAAUCCUUCUUGGAACAGAGAUGGGCCCAGAACCGAAGAUGAGGAGAGAUAAGGUGUGAUGCAGGGAAGACUAUAUAAAGAAUGGACCCAGGGCUGCAGCACGCACGCAGCCCCAGGACCCCUUGCCCAGACCCAGCCAUGCAUGUGCCUCCUGGCUCCGUGGCCAGCCACUUGGGAGGCACCAGCCGCAGCUACUUCUGCUUCAUCACCGCCACACUGGCUCUGUGUCUCGUCUUCACCGUGGCAACCAUUAUGGUCCUGGUGGUUCAGAGGACGGACUCCAUUCCCAGCCCACCUGGCAACUCCCCCCGUAAAGGAGGAAACUGCUCAGAUGACCUCUUGUGUGUCCUGGAAAGGGCUCCAUUCAAGAAGUCAAGGGCCUACCUCAAAGUGUCAAAGCAUCUCAAUAGUACCAAGAUUUCUUGGAAUGAAGACGGCAUUCUCAGCGGAGUCAGAUACCAUGAUGGGAACCUGGUGAUCCAGUUCCCAGGCUUGUAUUUCAUCAUUUGCCAACUGCAGUUUCUGGUACAGUGUUCAAAUCAUUCCAUGGACCUGAAGCUGGAGCUUCUCGUCAACACAAAGGUCAAAAGACAGGCUCUGGUAACGGUGUGUGAGUCUGGAAUACAAACUAGAAGCAUAUACCAGAAUCUCUCUCAGUUCUUGCUGGAUUACUUGCAGGCCAACACCACCAUAUCCGUCAUGGUGAAUGAAUUCCAGUAUGUGGAUACAAACACCUUUCCUGUUGAGAAUGUGCUGUCCAUCUUCUUAUACAAUAGUUUAGACUGAACAGUUUCUCCUGACCUUCAAGAAGAAGACAGCUCUCUACUAAACAGUACUUCGUCUAUCCAAACACUGGGCAAAAAGAAAAUGUUAGAGCAAGAUUGAAACCACAAAACAUUAAAUAGUAUACUUCUCCUUCUAUGUCUUGGAAAGAUGCAUAUCCAGGGUUUAAAAAGUGAAGUAUCUUUCAAAGGAAUGGGAUGGGAGUGCUAUAAUGUGGCCACAAAACCCCACGUGGGACUCAGAAGGGGUUGGGUUCCCCCAGCCCAGCUACCAAUUCACUGCUUGACCUUGACCCAUUCUUCUCGAGACCUGAAAAAUUAGAAGACUAAGUUUGAAUCUCUCCAAAGUCCCUUUCACCUCUCACCAUCUGUGAGCUGAGACUCCAGGCAGAGUUCUAGAAGCGCCGAACCAAACCAAGGUCUGACACAUCAAUGUAAAACAAAUGAUAUCGGAACAAGUGGCUGAAUGUCCCCACAGCAGGUCAGAAUAAGGUGACGAGGGUCAGGACACCUUCUAGAGUGAACGUGUGAUUCAGCAGACUUCCCAUCCAUUUGUAAUGAUCAAGGUGAAGCUAUCAUUUAGCCAGGGGCCAGCUGCCAUCCCCUGCAUGAGAUAUGUCUGUUCCCUGCUUCAGUCUCCUCUCAGAAAAUCAGUUCUGUGGAGGGCUUGUGGGUCCCUGACAAAGCUGUUGAUAGACAAUAAUGACUUGAAAACAACGAGAAGAACUUCUGAGCUAUGGCACCCUCCUGUCGUGACCUAGGCUGCCAUGAGAUUUGUCUCAUGACAUCAGGCUUGACAACGUCACACCAUCUUUGAAGAAAUAAGUUAUCUGUUGAAGAACUUUGAUGAAGCAUUCGGCUUAAAGUGUAAGCCCCUGAGGUUUGCUUUAGGAAGAAAAGAGAGACCCUCACUGCUAUGCAAACAAACCAGAAGAAAUAAAAUUCCAUUUUUCUCAAGAAAGAAAAGAGAAAAGAAAGGAUUAAGAACUCAGCAAAGUUUGUUACAGUCUAGAAAAUAUUUAAAGAAGAAAAGGAGGAGAGGGACUUGGAGAACAAGAACAGCUAAGGAGAAAUGUUAAGUCCUAUGCUGAGCAGUAUGUCACAGCACCCUCCUCCUAGGUCUCAUCUGUGAAAUAUUCUGAAAAACCUACCUUUUCUUUGACUCUUUCUGUGAGUAGAUUCUUUGAGAGGCACAGACAUUGAAAAAGAUGGUGAAUCCCACAAGCCAAAUGCUAUGUGGUCAGAACACAGGCAGGUUUUUUAAAAAGCUAGAGAUAUGGGGGCAUCUGGGAUUGGAGUUGUAUACUAACUGAGUAGGACAACUGAAUCUUGAUUAAACCGACUGACCCAUUCUUGAGAAGGUAUAUGCAGCCUCAGUGUGCAUAAACUAAGCGAACAUUCUACCCUCUCAUGCUCUCCCUCUGGAAAGAUUCUAUUUUCAUUUCUACUAACUGUACUCUGAGCAGAAGUAAGUACCUGACUUUUGCAGUGUGAGUGGUGCCUCAUUUCAGUUUCUAUCCAGCAAUGCUCAGAAAAACAAUUGCAGGGCUGGGGAUUUAGCUCAGUGGCAAAGCGCCUGCCUGGCAAGCGCAAGGUCAUGAGUUCGGUUCCCGGUACCAGAGAAAAACCAAAAAAAAAAAAAAAAGAAAAACAAUUGCAAAGGAAACAAUGGGAACAUCAUCUCAAAGAUUAAUCUGGCUUUCAAAACAAAAAAGGCAGUGAUUACUAAUAAAUCAAGUGGUAAAUACAUAGGAAAUAGACAACCCAGAAAGUUUAAAACUAAAAUCUGUUACUCUUCCAGGUUAACUAGAUCCUGGGAAUUUUAUGAGCAAAUGACACCUCUGUGCGAUUGAAAGAAGUCACUUUUUUUUGUUUGUUUGUUCUUUUGGAGAGAGGGUCUCACUAUGCAGUUCAGGCUGGACUUGAGUUCA